CGAUGGGAAGAAAUGUCCCCACCAUCCAACAGAUUUGAAAUAAGUGUCAUUUGAAGCAUCUAGUAGGAUAGAUAUUUUUUUAUUAUGGCGACGUACUUCAAAUACGUGGGGUUUAGGUUUAAUGAUACAUUGUUGUUUUAUAUAUAUUUUUCCUUUUUAAUUACUUACAUUGCGCAUAAAAUAAUUAUACCUACGCUAAUAGCGUAGGUACAGGAAACCGAUUUGGGCUUGUCGAGACAUGCACAAAGGUCCUGCGUCUCCUACCCCUCCCCCGCCUCCCUCACCCCUCAGGUAUCGCCGCACACGCACCGACCCAACAGGUAGUCGCAGUCGUCACUCGUUUGUUAUUCGCUACGCUCGUGGUUAUCAUUAUCGGCUUGUUUACGACGCACAACGACCCUUGCUUGUUUACCGGACUGUGAGAAUAUCUUUGGGAUUGACCUUGGCACGUUAAAGGACUUUGAUUUUGAGAACAUUUUGGCACAAUUAUGGAUACAGGACGCCGAUGUGUUAUGUGUCCGCGUUCUGUCCUAAGGCAGAGAAGACACAUUUUGGAAGAUACUUUGCCACAAAGUUCACCAGCGGUGGCUGACUAUAUUUCUCAAAAUGGACUAAUAGAGGUUAUUUUCAAUAACAUCAUGGCUGUAUGUCACAGAUGCUGGCAAAGAGCCAACAAUGAUGUCAAUCGACAAGACCUUCCUGACGAAAAUGUUGUUGUCGAUGUCAACAGUCCAGCUGAAGGCGCCCAACCAAAUGAAAUCUUCGUCCCUGAGUAUGUAAGAGCUCCUAAUUCUUCGCGAACCUGUUUAUAUAGGCAAUGCAGAAAUCUAGAUCUGAGGCGAAUCUCCGCGUCUAUAAGACUGUUCGCCAUUUGUAACUACAGCUUAUAUUUUCCACCUAGUACACGACUGUGUCAAGAGCAUUUGUCCAAUAUUAUUUGGGACGAAUUACUGGAUAAUGUAAACGUGACGAAUUAUUUCAACGCUGAGCUUGUUUCGGACAUGACAACAAUGGUAAUUCGCGGCAUGAAUGCUCCUAGAUUAAGGUUUGAUUCCGUGACUGGAUUGGAUGCCCAUGAGCUUCAUUUUUGGACUGGACUAACUAUUGAGCAAUUUAAUAGUAUGCUAUUGGAAACACCCAGCUUAGCUGAGAGACACAGACAUCCGCGGAGAGUUCUUGGGGCCUAUAUGACGAAAUUAAGGACUGGUGAAAGCAAUGAAAGGUUAGCAACAUUGUUUGGGAUGUCACGUCGAACAUUUGAAGACCAUUUAAAAAUAGCGAGAGAAUGUUUGACACAAGAUUUCGUUAAUAGACAUCUUGGUCUAGAUCAUCUGUCUAGAGAAAAUGUUCUAGAAAGAAACUUACUGAUUCCUAAAGAGUUUUUUGGUGAUGAGCAAAAUACUAAAGCUAUUUUGAUAUUAGAUGGAACGUACAUAUAUAUUGAAAAAAGCUCCAAUUUUUUAUUUCAGCGCCAAUCUUACAGCCAUCACAAGUUUCGAAAUCUUUUAAAACCUUUUAUAAUUGUGAGCAGUGAUGGCUAUAUAAUAGACGUACUCGGUCCAUUCCGGGCUACAACAUCUGAUGCUACCAUUAUGCAGUCAUUAAUGAAUGAAGAAAAUCCAUUGCAUUGGUUUUUAAACAGUGGCGAUGUUUUUAUAGUUGAUAGGGGCUUUAGAGACAGCAUUGGUGUAAUUCAGUCUUGUGGCUAUGAAGUCCACAUGCCACCUACAAAAGACCGGACCGCUAGUCAACUGACAACAGAACAGGCAAAUAAGUCCCGAUUGGUUACGAUUUGCAGAUGGGUUAUUGAGGCGGUCAACGGCAAGUUUAAGAAUAGGUUCAGGUUGUUGCGUCAAACGUAUUUUAAUCGUGCAUUAAGUCAUAUGUUCUGUGACUUUAAAAUUGCAGCAGCCAUAAUAAACGCUUAUUAUCGAGUCGCUGUUGACAACAGAUUCGCCGCCGAGAUUGUAAAUAUAAUUCAUUCUAGAAUGAACAUGUCCAAUCACUUGCAUGAUUAUGUGCAUAUGAAAAAUCUUAACAGACAGAGAGUGCCUUUUGAAGCCAUGCAAGCAAAUAUUCCUAACUUCGAAGACUUCCCACGUUUAUCUGAAGAUGAAGUGUUUCUUUUCGCGCUAGGGAGCUAUCACAUUAAGCUUGCCAAGUCUUAUUGCGCCGAGCACCUUCGCGAUGGCCUUUAUAAUAUAGAAUUAUACCGUGAUAACGAGUUAAACGAUUUACCGCGAUGCAAUAUCCUACUAAAUAAUGUUUGGCUAGUCAGAGUACGGAUUCAGUCGCGCCAUGUCCGUUCCCGUAUUUAUUAUAGUUAUAUUUUAAUAGACCGGGAUUUGACUGACAGACGUGCUAUUGCUCAUUGGUACUGCACUUGCCUUACAGGCAAUCGCACUGCGGGAAGUUGUGCGCACAUAAUAUCCAUUGUAUGGUACAUGGGCUUAGGGCGUCAUAUUGACUUUAAUGCACCAGCACAAAUGCUUGAUAAUAUUGUAAUAGACGACUUAAUGUAAUUAUGAGUACAGUCAAGAGCACAUCAAGCUUGACACUUUAGACUUAAAUAUAAAUCAGAGCUUAACUUAAGCUAGUAGUGUGUCCGACAUGCUUUUGGCUGUAAUAAUGAGUUAAAAGUUACCUAUAUUAUUUAAGCACUAUUAUUACUACUCAGUUUGAGAACCAAGUAUUUUUUUAUAUAGAAUCGUCCUUGUUUGUGUGAAAUAAGCAUAUUUGUUUGUGAAAAACAUAAUUUUGGUUUAAAAAUAAAUACAUUUUUACCGAUAA